GUGUUGAAGUUCAUAAAAGUUUAAUUGUACUCAGUUAUUGCCGGUUUGUUACCGAUCUGUUACAGUGAACUGAAGCGCAUAUCUACGCGUUAAUUUCGUUUUAAAUUAAAGUUUAACACGGCGAAGCACAUGGGAGUCUCUCCUCGUCGAUGAUGUCAUCGUGUUGGAAUUACGGCGACUCAACGUGUAAUAAAAACACACCCGUUAAACAAACACAACGGUAGAAAAGCACUAAUUGUGUCUGUAUAUGUGUCCCGUUGACGCGGAGUGUGAUUUUUAUCGUCUUGAACGCCCAUUUUGCAGCUUUUUCUUUUUACUUUGAAAAAACGUCCACCGUAUGCCCGCCAUGCUAAAACUACAUUACCCAUGAUGCACCUCGCCAAUACUCCAGACUUUUUUUUUUCUCUCUCGAAUCGUAGGCGGGAGAAGGAGGAAGCAAGAAAAUGGUGGCAGUGUUUAAAGUUUAAAAUCCGAUGCGUAUAUACGUUAUUUGUUUUUUACGUUAAACAUUGCUGGCGAAGAAGAGAGUGAGUGUUAAUGAACACUUUUCAACGUUAGCUGAAGCUGGAGAAGCAACAGUGUGAAGAUGAUCAUGAAGACGCACAAGCGCAAGCUCCAGUCGGAGUCCUCCGAUGAGUCUCCGGGUGGCGGCAGCGCUGUAGCGUGGGAGCGUCAACGUCAGUUUGUGUUCAACGUCUCCCUGCACAAGUAUCAGCGGGACCAAGAGUCGCCCGAGCCCAGCCUGCGGCGGUCCGUCCUCAUCAGCAACACCCUGCGGCAAGUGGAAGCAUGUCGAGUGUCCUCCCUUGACAUCCGGGCGCCUCUUCCACUCGACCAUCCGUCGCCAGAGCAACCGAUAGCCAACAGCGUGAAUGACCUGCCGUCCCCCGCCAAAUGCCAGCGGGUGGUAUCUGGUUGUGCGUCGUCUGAUGACGCGGAGGACUGGAGCUCUCUGUCCGCUGACCCUGAUUUCGCCGUUUCGCCCGCAAUCUCGUCCAUCCUCAGUGGCUUGGACUCCAGCCUGGACGUGAGCGUGCAGUUGCCGUCCCCGCGGGCAGCCCUCAAGUCCCUGGAAAACCUGCAGGCCUGCUCGGACGCUGGUGGAUUCUGGCCGAGGCAGCAGGUCCGAGGGACUCAGGACCCCAUGGAGUGGGAGGCCGGCGUGGAGGCGGUGCGCUCCAGCUACCUGAAGGAUGUCACAGCUGAGGACAUGUUCCAGGACAUAGACACAUGCCAGCUGGAGAGGGACAUGGGGAUUCUGGGCCUGAGGAAUGAAGAAGGCCUCUCCAGGGAAUACCACAGUGCCAAGGGCCUGCCGUCCUUCUCGUCCUUUAGCUCACCACCGACCUCAUUCCGGGACGGACUGGAUCUUGAGCACCUGAUGACCAUGUUGGUCGAGUCCUGAGAGGGUAUCAGGGUGUCUGAUUCUAACUAGUGCUGAUAAGUAUUAUGUAAAGCCGUUUGAGCAUUCCAUAGUCUUGUUAUCCGGUCAUGUACUAGUUGAACACUAUGUCCUCACUAGUAAGACAAUUCAGCCCCUGGUAGAGUAACUGUCUUAGUUUGUAUCUCAUUCUGAAUUGUUACUUGUGAGGACAAAGCGUGAACUAGUGCAUGGAAUAAAUGCUCGGGCGCCCCCCCCCAUGAAGCAGUGAGCCCGUGGACAAUGAAGCAACUUUAUGAAUCGGUUACCGGACGAACCUGAGCUGACAAGUGUCAACACUAAAACGUGUGGAGUCUUCCGUGAAGAAAAGUUUCAUCACAUAUUUAUCAAGCAUGUCUUACAAUUUUUUUUUCGUAUUCACAAAAGUUCCUGUAAGGGCACUCAGACCCGUUUCCUUGCUGGAAUAACUGCACUUUUUUUUUUUUUUUUAAUUGUGAGGAUGCAUCACUGAUGUUACUUUGUUGUUCAUUGACACCAAGUGUUUAAAUGGACAUCUUGCAUAACUGUUAACAUGCGCCACUGAGUUGUUUUUUUUGUCCGUUGACACCAAGUGUUUACAACCUACAAAUUUCAGUAAGCCUCAAACAGGUCUUUGUUUUCACUCGUAUUUCUCAUGCUGGUUUUAAAAUGAAGGGCAAAAUGUCCCCUUUGUAUUUCCUGUUCAAGAUGAGAUUUGUAAUUGAUUUUUCAUCAUACUAUUUUAGUAAAAUGUGAUAAUGAAAA